AUGACGGCGCCAGGAAUAGAAAGAACUGUCAGCGAUGGUGUAAAAAGCAUGGGAUAUAAUGUCAUAUAUGGGGAUGAGGAUUUUGUUGUCAUAAAUGAAGUUGUACGAGACUCAGAAAAAGCAGUUUCUUGGAAGAAAAAAAAUAAUUUAAACCAAGUUAUUCCGCCGCUGCCCGUUGAAGACGUUAAGUGUCUAAUGUCAGUUGACAGAUAUUGUUCAAAGGAAAUGGGGGAAAUGAAAAAUAUUUUAAUAGAAGCUCUUAAGGAUGAUUGUGCAAAAUGUACAAGUAAACAAAAGGAGAGUGCUGGUACGACAGCCUCAACAAAGUACAACGAGUUCUUGGAUAAAAUAACCAUGUCAACCCUACUAUUAUUACCUAAACAGAAACAACCCCAUGAAGAAAGACCUAAAUACAAAAUUGUUAAAGAACUCGGGUACGUUGAAAAUACUAAAAAUAGAUACACAAUGCCUGGAGUGAAAGUGAGAGUUAAAAGAUAUGUCACGGAAAAACUGAAU